AUGGAUCAGUCGAAAACAACUAUUCCAAUCGAAGAAGCAGAACAGCUCCUGCGCGAUGUUGCUCAGAAACUCGGCUACAACUCUGACCAUGCAUCAAACAUCAGCCAUCAUCUCAUCGACACAGAACUUAGAGGUUUUCGAGUAGCAGGACUUGCGCGAAUGCUGAGUAUAGCCGACCGGAUCGCUGGAAAGCCACCAGCUCAGGAGUACCGCGUGGUAAAAGAUGGUCCAGCAACGGCGCAAAUCGAUGGCCAAGAUACGCUAGGUUAUAUCGUUGCCCAUGCAGCUACCCGGCUCGUAAUCGAAAAGGCCAAAAAGAUCGGCGUAGCGGUCGUCGGUGCUCACGGAACGUAUUACACCGGCAUGUUGUCAUACUACGCGGAGAUGGCAGCAGCAGAAGAUCUAGUGACCAUCAUCGCGUCCAACACGACUCCAUGGGUAGCACCAGAAGGCACGUAUCGACCUCUUGUUGGUACGAACCCGUUCGCAAUUGGGUUUCCCACAGAGGGUGUGCCCAUCAUCUACGACAUUGGAACGUCGAAGAUUAUCCAUGCCGAAGCCAUGCUCGCCCGACGCCUCGGCCAGAAGAUACCAGAGGAUAGUGCUUUCAAUACGGACGGCGAGCCUACUACAGACCCACAAGAGGCACUGGACGGUGCUCUGGCAGUGUGGGGUGGCGCAAAAGGGAGCGGUCUCGCCAUGGCGGUACAAUUGCUGGGUGUACUGGCUGGAUCGCCAGCGCUCCCACCGGAAAUGACAGACUUUGGCUUCUUCAUUGUCGCCAUAGAUCCGAAGAUGUUCCGACCGGUCGAUGAGUACAAGGAACAAGUCGAGACCAUGAAGCGUGCCGUAUCGGAAGCACCGAGCGCAGCAGGCUCGAAGGGAUCGGUCAGAAUGCCGUUCCAGAGGUCUCACAGACAGCGAGAGGAGAGAAGAGCCGAAGGCGUGGUGGAAGUUGAUAGCGAGGUUCUUGUGCGACUUAGACAGAUCGCCGCGGGGUCGCAGUCUCGAUUGUAA